AUGGCUACUGGAAAUUCAACUACUGAAGCGGCGCCACAAAAACGUCAACGUCGUUCAAAACAAGAUUCACAAUUUAUUUUUGAAAAUACAACAGUAGAUAGAGCACUAAAUUUGACUAAACCAAAAAUAAAACCUAUUCAGCCCAUUAAUGAACAUACAAUACCAGCUGAUAUAUAUCAACCUGGUGAUGUUGUCUGGUCGAAAUUAGGUAGUUUCCCAUGGUGGCCAGCGUUAAUUUACCGAUGUGAUGCGGAAGGUGGAAUAUAUACAAAAACAUUUAAUUCGAAUAGCAAAUCUACACGACAAUAUUUUGUUUAUUUCUAUGGAAAAUAUCUUGAAUAUGCAUGGUUAUCAACACGUUCAUUAUUAAAAUUUGCUGGAUUAGAUGAUUUUAUUCAAAAUGCUGAAACAGCUGUUCAAGCAGCUUCAACAAAAUCACAAAAAUUAGAAUUAGCUAAUCGAUAUCAAUUAAAAGUUUCAAUGAAAAAACGCGUGCAAUGGGAUGAAGCUAUUGAAUUAGCAGAUCAUGCAUUAACACUGACAAAAGAUGAAAGAAUUAAGGAAUUCAAAGAUCUAUUAAGUGAUGUACCAGAUAAUAACAUCAAACAAUCGAAAAAUAGUAUACGUCGUCGAAAAAUCUCUAUUGAUAGAAAACAUGAUGAAGCAAUACCAAAUAAACGUCGAGCUCGAGUAUCUUUAUCAUCAUCUUUUACGUCUGAACAACCGCAAGAAGAGAAACCUUCUCAAGCAUCUACAUCAUUUCAAAUUGAAAAUAAUAAUAAAAAGAAACGUGGUCGAAAACCGAAACCAAAAUUACAAAUAAACGAAAAUCAUAAGGAUGAAACGGAAUAUGAAUAUCCAUCAUUAUCAAAUGGUCAAAUCACUUCAGCUCCAAUUAUGCAUUGUAUUCAAGCAAAUAUUCCACCGUUAUCAAAUUAUGAACAAAAACAAAUUGUUGAAGGUCUUCUUCAUCAUUCAAAUGAGAAAAAUUUAACAUUCGAUGAAGCUCAUAAAUUUGCUAUGGAGAAAGCUAUUGAAAUUGUCUAUGAAAAUUAUCAUUAUCGAAUGAAUAAUAUAUCAUCGGAAUGGUUUUAUGAUUCGAUUCUAUUGAAAUAUCCUUCCAUUAUAUUUAAAUAUCGUUCAUGGUUUAAUGAUAUUAAAUCAGACAUUAUUCCAAAUGAAACAGAUGUCAUUCAAUUAAAACAAUGGCAAAUCGUUCUUAUGAUUCAAGCACAAAUUAAAGCUGAACAACAACAACAACAACAAGUAUUAAAUAAUACAUGA